CACACAAUGAAAGCCUCUGUGCACUGGGGAAAGUGCUGGGUACAGGCUAGUAUCAGCAGACUGGGCUGAUGACAACAAGCAACAACAACAUACAAAAGUUUAUGAGAACGCCGGAUAUAUUGUUAUUCCCAUGCCCGUGUGUGCAGGAGACCAGUGUCUCUAGGCAGAGGAGAUCAGGGCUCUCUGUACCUGUCCUGGUGGAGCUGAAACUUUCACAUGAUGUAAGGGAGCAUUUCUGCUGAACAAGAGCCUGGAUCCUGUGUACCCAGGAAGCCUGGCAGCAUUUGCUGCACCGCUCAUCACAGUUACCGAGGAAUGUCUUUCCCCCAUCAGAGGGUGCAGCAGCCAGAAGCUCCAUAAGGACAAGGACGUUUUUGGAAAAAUUAGUUUUUUUUGGAACGUCUCGGAUCUGGCAUCUGCCCUGUUGAUGUGGCACUAACGGGGGAUUAUUAAACCAUCUGCAGUUUAAUUGACUACCGGGAAAACGUGCCUCCAUACAGUAACGCAAUUAUGGGGGAAACAGCCCCCCCUCAGGCCCCGGCGGGGAGUCUUGGAAUUGGUGUGUCUAGCGUUGGUCUCCUUGGCGCUGGGACAGUAACCCCUCGUUUGCACAGCGCCAUCGUUGAGCGUUUGCGGGCCCGGAUCGCCGUGUGUCGCCAGCAUCACCUGAACUGCGAAGGACGCUAUGAGCGUAGCAGGGCGGAGAGCUCGGACAGAGAGCGGGAAAAUACCCUCCAACUGCUGACCCUUGUCCAACACGGCCAGGGCACCCGGAAGAACAGUAAGCACAGCAAGAGCGCCUGUGCUGUGCUGCCCGACUACCGCCAACAUCAGCAGCAGCUACUGAGUGAUAACGGCGGCGAGACCAAUGGCGAGAGGCAGCAGUCGGUGUCUAAUGGACUGGGGCAGAGAAACUCGGCUCUCAUCGCUCUUCAAGGCUCAUUGAAGAGAAGGUUGGUGGUGAAUGUAUCUCCAACAAACAGCAAGAGAGCUAACGGUGUAUCGGACAACACAUUCCUUGACUUUAAGAAAAUCAGAGCCAAUGACUGCCUGUCUGUAGGACAGAACAAUUAUCAUGGGGUUGAUGGCGUACACCAACCAGUAAAUGGCGCAAUGCCAAUGGCACAAGCAAUGCAUAGGAAAAAUGUUAAUAAGUCAAGUAAUUGUGAGGCUAAUAAUAUGUUUAAUCCAACAUUAAAGGAUAUAAAGAAGGAACCUGGGGAAAAUCUGCCAUGUAGUAAACAUCUCGAUUCUCGGUUGUCUCACGAAAACCUGUUCAGAUAUGGAGAUGACAACGGGGAACAACUUAUGGACCCAGACCUUCAAGAACUAUUUAACGAAUUCACUUAUAUUUCGGUGCCACCAAUGAGUGAUAUUGAAUUACAAAACAUGAUAAAUAUAACCAUUAAACAAGAUGAACCUUUCAAUAUAGAUAUCGGGCAACAGAACCAGCGAAACACAUCUUCAUCAUUACCCUUGGACAAGAUUGUCAUUAAAACUGAAUAUCAACAAUGUUUAAACCCUACUCGGGUUGGUUCUCCACAGAUGAGACCUUCAUCUACAGGGCCAAGUUUUUCCAUGUCUAGUUCCCCGCUUACAUCAUCGCCUAGUGCUACAGCGCCCCAGGACCAGCCACAGGUGUCUUCUUGUUCAAACCGCCUGAGUAACUGGCAGGAACUCUCUCAUGCCCAACAGCUGAAGCAAAUUGCCGCCAAUAGGCAACAUACCUUAAUUCAGCAACAUCAGCCAAAUCCUUCCUCUAACUGGUCAAAUGUCAACCCUGCAGGGCAGUCUUCAAGACAGUUUGGACUGGAGAAAGUCCCAAGUCCCUUUCGACAACAACAGUUGAGUCCUCAUGGUACAUCUGUGAGCACGGUUCCUGUAAGUGGAAGCCAGCAAAAAGCAAUAAGUAACUACCUCUAUAAAUCUAACUCUAGCCCCCAGAGCACUACCGUUGAUAUGAUCAAGUCCCAGGAUCCCAUCAAGAACUCCAUCAAUGCCAGCCACAUGCCGUUAGAGCAGCAUCACAGCAUGGCUAAGCCUCUGUUUCACUAUAGUUCUGAUCAGUCUAGCCAGCAGGUGUCUUCAGUCUUGGGGCAACAGAGCAAACCUAUUUUACAGUUCACCCAACAACAAUCACAGAACUCUUCAGCAGGUCAACAACAUGAACCAUCCCAGCAAGUUACUUCCAUGUCCAGCCAGUCCCUGCCAAGGUUGUCUGGUUUCCAGCAAAAGUUAAUGAUCCAGACAAUGCAACAGAAUCAGCAAAUGCCUGGACUGCAGUAUCCCACGGUGCACCAACAGCAGGAACAGCACUCUGCUGCCACACGGAGUCCCGGCCCUGGCUCUCAGCCUACGUCCUGCCCAAGUCCAGCUGGUUACACCACCCAGCAGCUGAUGGAGAAGACAAACAUUGUACAGCGCCAGUUGAUGCAGCAGCAGAUGUUAGCUGGAAUGGAAAAAUGUAACAGCCAGGAUCAACUAAACAGGCAUCUGACACGGCCGCCGCCUGACUACAAGGAUCAAAGAAGAAACACAGUCGGCAUGCAGCAGGCCAAUCAGUUCUCCAGUGGCUUGCCAACAGGAGGUGUCAACUCCGAUCCACCAGUAACAACUUUAACUUCAACACAUAUGACCCCUCAGAAUCAAACCCAUUCUUCGACAAACCAUGGUUCUAGAAUGCCGUCUCUUCAGGGAAGUCCAACUAUAUACGGGAACGUAUCGUGUUCGCAGCAAACCAUAUACAAUAGUGUUACCCAAAUGCAACCGCAGACCAGUCCUAGUCAGAUGGGGGCAAGCCAAAAUGGUAACGGUCUGUCACGUCCCUCAACAAGUACACCAGGAAAUAACAUGCCAUCCUUUGGUGCCUCACCUGGAGCGAACCCUCCACCUUUUAGACCUGGUUCAAAUCACGGGUCAAAUGCAACAGCACAAAGGACAUCAAAUGUCAUCAGUAACUCAUCUACCGCACAGAAAUGGCUGACUACAGAGGCAAAACGGCAGGAUAUGCUCACCUACUCCAACAGCAACCAAUUUUCAAACCAGUCGCUCCAAGGUAUGAUGGGCCAUCAGCAAUUCCCUCAACGCGCUUUGUCGCUGCCCAAUCAAGUAAACCCAGGGGUACAAAUGAGCCCUGUAAAUCAAAUGACCCCAACAAACAGUGGUCAAACGAUGGAACCUCUCCGAGGCUUUAAUCAUGGGCAAACGCAGAUGAGAUCACAAAUGUUGGCAAACCAAAGCCAAGCAGGUGGAAGCACAACAAUGCCAGCCAGUGCCUAUAAUCCAACCAGUCCAAAUUUUAGAGCCUUUCAGAGAAAUGACUCCAGUAAUGACUUGAGUUCCUUUGAUUUCCUUACUCAGAACGCUGGACUAGGUUCAUCUCCCAAUAGUGAUUCUGAAUUCAUUGACGCAUUACUGAAAACGGGUCACAUAAAUGAUGACUGGAUGAAAGAUAUUAACCUGGAUGAAAUCUUUAAAGGCCACUCGUGAAAUCGUAUUGCCAGGAAAGGAUGCAAUAGACUUCCUGUAUAGUUUCUAAAAAUGUUUAUCAUGAUGCAUUGUGACUCCACAAAUGCUACAGAUACCAUAUUUUAAUGGAUAAGAUGACCAUCGUGGAGCUUUCUGGUGGUGGGGGUUUAAAAGUGGAAAGAUUGGAUCUAUGGCUCUGUUUUGCAAUUAUAACCCAAAUCCUACCCAUUGGUUAUGUACACUACCUAAUAGUAAUGGGUGCAUUUUUUACUUUGACCCAGAUUUAUCAAGCCUUGGAGAGUGAUAAAUAGCAUGGUGAUAAAGUACCAGCCAAUCAGCUCCUAACUGUCAUUUUUCAAACACAGCAUGUGACAUGGAAGUUAGGAGCUGAUUGGCUGGUACUGAAUGGGGGCCUCUGUUCUGAACACUAACGUUGGCCAAAUGACACUGUGGAGACAGUAGGGAUUAGACAAGGAACUGCACCUGCCCUGACUUCUGUCUAAAAAGUUACAUAUCAUUCUGCUAGUUGUGUAUCUGGGAUCCGGUCAGGAUCCCGACGGUGUAUCUAACCAAUGGUUGUAUUUGCAAACACAGUCUAUAACAAUUACCACCAUCCACAAAGGUAACAUCUUUUACUAAAUUCCUUCUACCUUGUAUAUUUGUCUGUUUUAGUUAAUUCCCAAAUCGUGGUUCCUUAUUAAUCUUUUAUUUACGGAUCUAAAUGUUCUAUACAGUAAACACAACUGACUGCAUUGUACAUAGAGCACAUCCCACUUACAUGUUUGAAGAGUGCCCACUAAAAAGAAAAUAAAAAUCAAAUUUUAUGGCACGUACAUGACAGGAUUAUCUGAUAAUAAAUAUGCAGGCAAACAUUGUAACUAAAGUAACUUUUGAUCUAAGUAUAUUUAUACACAUUUUUUGGCUAAUACCCUACAGUUUUCUUGCUUGCCACCAUUCGGCUUCCUGACUGAACAGCACCUGCCUAUAAUGAAAAGCUAAUGUAUUAAUCACUCAUUGCUUAUAAACCUUUAAACAUUAUAUAUACCAGUGAGGGCAAAUAUAAAAUAUAGAUUACUACACCUUAUAUAUACAGUGAAAAGCAUCACAUAAUGUUAAAACUCACACAUUACAGCUGGAUAAACUCUGUUUCACUCCCCACUUACAUUGUCAACUUCAUAUCUACUUGUUAUGUUUGUGUGUGUGAUUUGUUUUAUGUGUGAUUUAUUUGGUGUAUGAUUUGUAUUAUGUAGAAUUUAUAUGGUGUAAGAUUUGUAUUUGCAUUGUGUGAUUUGUUUAUUGUAUGAAUUUGUAUUAAGCGUGAUUUGUGUGGUGUAGGAUUUCUAUUAUGUAUAGCUUGUUUGGUGUAUGAUUUUGUAUGAUGUGUGAUUUGUUUUGUAUAUGAUUUGUAGUAUGUGUGAUUUUUGUGGUGUAUGAUUGGUAUUAUGCGUGAUUUGUUUGGUGUAUGAUUUGGAUUAUGUAUCCAUACCUCCCAUUGUACCAAUCUCCACGGGUCAGAAGUUGGGCAGUAUGCAAGGGUGUAUCUACCAUAGGUGCAGGGAGUGCUGCUGCUAUGGGGCCCAGAGCUGAGAGGGGCCCACCUUCCCUGUCACAGUUACAUGUGUUAUAUACAAGGGUGUGGCUACCAUAGGUGCAGGGAGUGCUGCUGCUAUGGGGCCCAGAGCUGAGAGAGGCCCACCUUCCCUGUCACAGUUACAAGUGUUACAUACAUUUUCAUAAUUGGGUGGUACAUAGGGGCCCCUGCAGACUUUGGCCUUGGGGUCUGCAAUAUAUCUAGAUGUGCCUCUGUACCUGCUCAUUGCAAUGUGGUAUAAAAUGAACUGGAGGACAUUAUAAUGUUCCAUAAUAUGAACUUGGGCACGGUAAUAUGGCAUAAUAUGAACUGGGGGCACUGUAUGUCAUAAUGUGAAUUGGGGGAACUGUGUGGCAUAAUGUGUAAUGGCACCCCUACAAUGUGACAUAAUGUGAACUAGGGCUCUACGGGUUCGGUAUGGGAUCCCGGCGGUCACAUAACCGACAUCGGCAUCCCUUACAUUGAGAAUGACGACAGGGUACGGGUUAAUUAUUUUACCACUCCCCUGUCCCCUACCCUAACCUCCCUGGGGUGGUGGCUAGGGCUAAGAUGCUGAGGGUGGCGGCUAGGGCUAAGACUCCGGGGGGGUGGCUAGGGCUAACACUUGGGGGGUGGCAGCUACGGUUAACCCACCCUCUAGUGCCUAACCCUGGCCCUAACCCUAACAGUGACCCCGAUACUUACCUUUGGGAUGGCAGCAGUUGGUGUUCCGUGUGGUGUUGGGAUUCCAGCAUCGGUCACAUGACUGGCCGCCAUCCCGACUGUUAGCAUCCCAGCUCUACUAUAGUUCAAAGAAUAAACUAGGGCACUACUAUGGGGCAUAACAUUAUCUACGGCACUACUAUAGUUCAGAAAAUAAACUAGGGACCUACUAUGGGGCAUAAAAUUAACAAUUGUUGUACUGUAGAGUGGUGUCUAUAAGCAUUGGGACAGGGGCCCAUACAAAAUGUUGCUAUGGGGACCACAUAGUUCUGGCCACGCCCCUGGAUGUAUGUGUAUGAUUUGUGUGGUAUAUGAUUUGUAUUUGUGAUUUGUUUGGUAUAUGAUUUGGAUUAUGUAUCAUUUCUAUAGUGUAUGAGUUGUAUUAUGUAUGAUUUGUUUAGUGUAUGAUUUGUAUUAUGUAUGCAUACCUACCAGCUGUCCCGAUUCCUGCGGGACAGUCCCGCUAUUUGGACACUGUCCCGCUGUCCCACUUGCGGGCCCCAUCAAAGCAGCGAGUGAUCCCUGUAUAGAUGUCAUGUGCACGAUAUCUAUUCAGUGCAGGGAGGUGAGCCGGGGGCUACCCAGCUGCUUGGGGAGAACUGGCACACCUCCAACAUGCUGAUAAUAGGAACUUACCGCAAGGCCCUACCCACUCAUCCAAGGCCACGCCCAUGCCCUUUUUGGGUCACUAUUUCCAUGGACCAGAAGUUGGUAUGUAUGUGUAUGGUUUAUUUGGGGUAUGAUUUGCAUUAAGUAUGAUUUGUUUGGUGUAUGAUUUGUACUAUGUAUGAUUUGUUUGGUGUGUGAUUUGUAUUAUGCAUGAUUUGUUUGGUGUAUGAUUUGUUUUAUUUAUGAUUUGUUUGGUGUAUGAUUUGUUUUAUACAUAAUUUGUUUGGUGUAUGAUUUGUAUUAUGCAUGAUUUGUUUGGUGUAUGAUUUGUGUUAUGCAUGAUUUGUUUGGUGUAUGAUUUGUAUUAUGCAUUAUUUGGUAUAUUAUUUGUUUGUUUUAUGCAUUAAUUGUUUGGUGUGUGAUUUGUAUUAUGCAUUAUUUGUUUGGUAUAUGAUUUGUUUGGAGUAUGAUUUGUUUUAUGCGUGAUUUGUUUGGUGUAUGAUUUGUUUAGUGUACGAUUUGUUUUAUGCAUGAUUGUUUUGGUAUAUGAUUUGUUUGGAGUAUGAUUUGUUUUAUUGUUGAUUUGUUUGGUGUAUGAUUUGUUUUAUGCAUGAUUUGUUUGGUGUAUGAUUUGUAUUAUGCAUUAUUUGUUUGGUGUAUGAUUUGUUUAGUGUAUAAUUUGUUUUAUGCACGAUUUGAUUGGUGUAUGAUUUGUUUUAUCCAUGAUUUGUUUGGUGUAUGAUUUGUUUAGUGUACGAUUUGAUUUAUGCAUGAUUUUUUGGGUGUAUGAUUUGUAUUAUGCAUUAUUUGUUUGGUAUAUGAUUUGUUUUAUUCAUGAUUUGUUUGGUGUAUGAUUUGUUUGGUGUAUGAUUUGUAUGAUGUAUGAUUUGUUUGGUGUAUGAUUUGUAUUAUGUAUGAUUUGUUUGGUGUAUGAUUUGUGUUAUACAUGAUUUGUUUGGUGUAUGAUUUGUAUUAUGCAUUAUUUGGUAUAUUAUUUGUUUGGUGUAUGAUUUGUUUUAUGCAUUAAUUGUUUGGUGUGUGAUUUGUAUUAUGCAUUAUUUGUUUGGUAAAUGAUUUGUUUGGAGUAUGAUUUGUUUUAUGCGUGAUUUGUUUGGUGUAUGAUUUGUUUAGUGUACGAUUUGUUUUAUGCAUGAUUGUAUUGGUAUAUGAUUUGUUUGGAGUAUGAUUUGUUUUAUUGUUGAUUUGUUUGGUGUAUGAUUUGUUUUAUGCAUGAUUUGUUUGGUGUAUGAUUUGUAUUAUGCAUUAUUUGUUUGGUAUAUGAUUUGUUUAGUGUAUAAUUUGUUUUAUGCACGAUUUGAUUGGUGUAUGAUUUGUUUUAUCCAUGAUUUGUUUGGUGUAUGAUUUGUAUGAUGUAUGAUUUGUUUAGUGUACGAUUUGAUUUAUGCAUGAUUUUUUGGUGUAUGAUUUGUAUUAUGCAUUAUUUGUUUGGUAUAUGAUUUGUUUUAUUCAUGAUUUGUUUGGUGUAUGAUUUGUAUGAUGUAUGAUUUGUUUGGUGUAUGAUUUGUAUUAUGUAUGAUUUGUUUGGUUUUGUUUGAUGAAUCAUUUCUUGCACCCACUGUCCAGGAUAGUAGAGUGUAUUGACAUCUUAUUAUAAGAUAUGAUGAAUAAAUGCCAUAGUCAGGCAGACACUUAUACAAGCUAUUGUAGCAGCUUUAUAUUUAAGCUAAUUUUGUAUUUAAAGUAAUAUUUAAAGUAUACAUUUAGACUUUAAAUGGUCACAUCACUUGUACAAACCUCCCAAUGCUCUGAAAUGGGUAGAGCCGUGGGCAUACCGGAGGCUUCCAUCAAGACCAGUGUUUGCAACUACCACGGCGGACAUUUUUCUUUUAGGCUUCCAGUCACAACAUUGUGUACAAGAAAAUGUCCGCCACUCAUCAUAUAGGAUGACAAUAAUAGUGUCUUAUAUCAUUUGACACUGCAGAGGGGUAUGGAGUCAACCAAAAUUGAGACUUCAGCCAAAAAUUUUCUUAGAUACUUGAACGGGGUAGGGGGGACAGUGAAUUUUUAGAUUUUGUCCAGAGGGAAUUCUGAGACUUCAAAGUGUAAAAAAACACUGAUUAAGACCAUCUGCUAAAAUCUCUGUCCAAUAGCCACGGGCACCAGAGACACCUGCAACUUGUACCAGCAUCGCUGGCAUACCUCCUAACUUCCAGUGAUUUGGGGUAAACAUGUUGCCUGAGGAACCCAAUUUGAGGGGACUGUUAUUCCAAAACUGGGACGGUUAGGCAUGCCGUUUGUAAUAACUAAACCCCUUACAAUGUGUGCAUCUCUUGUAUAUAGUCGAGGGGUCAACUUUAAUAUACAGAUAAGGGAUUUAUUACCCAUUUGGACGGUGUUCCAGGCAAGGAAUUUUACCCCUAUGUUUCCUUACACUGCCCCUGAUACUCAUUACCACGCCCUCUGACAGGCUAAAAAUCCUUUUGAUCACUGAAAAUCAGGACUGUCCUUCAAAAAUAAGACUAUUUGCCGAGAUGGAAAUAGGGCAGCCAGCAAAUGAAUGCUUUUUUAUUUAGAUCAGUGGUCACAGUGAACAAGCUGUAAAACUCUCCCACAGCACGUGCAAUGCCCAAAAUAACAUUUUCUCUUUCAGUAUACAAAUAAUUAAAUUCAGUUUUGAUUUUACCACUAGAGCAACAUGUUCUUGGUUAGUAAUCCACAGUACUAUACACAACAAACAAAACCAAAACCACAUCCUCCAAAUGAAGAUCUGCUCAAGUCACUAGUAAACUGAAUGACAGAAGUAUACACUGCCAUCUGCUGGUGUCACUGGACAAUUACAUACAUUCACUCUGAUAAAAUACAUUUAUGUUAGUUAUUUUUUAAGGAAAUAAUACAUGUAAGAAUUAUAGAAAGAUUUAGAGACAACUUUGGUCUCUCUGCAAGUCAUGAAAUAACAUAGAAUAUGUAAAAUCAUGUAAUUAUUAGGCUAAUUUAUCAAUGAGUGAUACAUUUCACUGUGAGUGAUAAAUUGCACCAGCCAAUCAGCUCCUAACUUCCAUGUUACAGACUGUAGCCCAAAUUUAUCAAGCCUUGAAGAGUGAUAAAUUGCACCAGCCAAUUAGCUUCUAACUGCCAUGUUACAGACUGUGGCCCAGAUUUAUCAAGCCUUGGAGAGUGAUAAAUUUCACCAGCCAAUCAGCUCCUAACUGCCAUGUUACAGACUGGCCCAGAUUUAUCAAGCCUUGGAGAGUAAUAAAUUGCACCAGCCAAUCAGCUCCUAACUGUCAUGUUACAGACUGUGGCCCAGAUUUAUCAAGCCUUGGAGAGUGAUAAAAUUGCACAGUGAUAAAGUGCCAACCAAUCAGCUCUUAACUGUCAUUUUUCAAACAGCCUGUAACAUGGCAUUUAGGAGCUGAUUGGCUGGUACUUUAUCACUGUGUUAUUUAUCACUCUCCAAUGUUUGAUAAAUAGGGGCCUGUGUUUGAAAAAUGAAAGUUCGAAGCUGAUUGGCUGGUGCAAUUGAUCACUCACAGUGACAUUUAUCACUCAUUGGUAAAUGAGCCCAUAUGUACGAGUAUGUAGAGCCUAUAAAUAAUAAUUUUGACUCUCAGGUUCACAUUGUAAUUCCUUGACAGAUCUGAUGAUCGAUAUCUGCAUUUAGGUUUGAGCAAUUGUUUACAACGUAUAUAUGACAGCAGUCUAAUUGCCUUGACCUUCUGUUUAUAAUAGAAGGAACUUCAAAUUCUAUGGUAUACCAUGCCUGGUGAAGCGACCUAAGUAGUCUCAGAAGCUUGCAAUUUAGAUUGAUUCAAGUAGGCAAUGAAAGAACAUUGUUUUAACUCCACUUUUUCCAGCUAUCUAUGAACAGUUUAAACGGUACAACACUCCAAUGCUUUCACUAAUGCCUUAAGUUCCUAAUUGUACUACCUUACUUAUUAAAACAUUUUAUAACUUUCACAAAUCUAUAUAAACAUUCCCUCAUUGUGAAAGGUUUUAGAAGACUUUUCAACACCUUUAUAUAACUUUAAUUUAUUGGCCUGUAACUUUUACAAAAUUAAUUUUCCUUUUCCAAUCUCCCUGUUUGUCUGUUUGUGUGUUUGUUUUUGUUAGUGUUCAAGUAUGUGAUUUAUUUUAAUAUUUUAUUUGGUUUAUUUUAAUAGCCCUUAAAUUACACUGCUGUCUGCCAUGGAUUCAAGGGAGCGUGGUACAUUUGCCAAAUUCUCAGGGUGGAGGUGGUGGAGUGUGACUUUAAUGUACUUGGGUUUUUCUGUGGGCCUAGGCAUGUCUGGCAGGUAAGCCACACCCCCAUAAUGGUGAGAGUAUACCCCCUUUAAAGACGGCUCACUGACACGCAGCUGUUACACCACUUUUGUCCUCGCCCCCCCCCCGUACUAAAGCCUGAAGGAUCUCCUGGCGGCCCUGCAUAUUCUCUAUGCUUAAUUCUAUUAUGUCCUGUGAGCAGCUUUGUGUCAUUACCUAGAACACUGUAAAUAAAUACUGACAAUAAAAAUAUUAUUUAGUACAAGUUAAAGCUAAUGCACCAGGUCACUCCAAUUUGAUCCGCUAUAGCAGUUGGUGGUUCUCCCAUUGUCGUAAAACCACAAGGAGGUUGGCAUGUAAUGCUGAGAUUUGUAGGCCUAUAAUAUGCUGUGAUCUGUAUAUUCGCAAUAAAAGAACCACGUGUUAUGCAGGCCAUGUAUAAGCGCCGAUAUUCCCAGAUUAUCCUAUCAAAACUGUCCAUCGAUGAUCAGCAAUCCAUUGUAUUAUCGGGGAAAUUCUGCAUAUUAAAAUUUCCAAUUUACAGAUCCCUGUCUGGUCAGUAUCAGCAAAUCGAGGAAGUCCAACAUUUUGGAUUUUCCCGAUUCCCCGGCUUCAGCAGAACGGGGAGUUGGUGCAAUCCAUCUCUCUGUAUGGGCCCCAUUACUUGAGCUGGAUGAGGUUGCUGCCCUGUUAUAGGCCGUGUUAGGUUUAAUUUGCACUUUGUGCUACAUUUAGUCCAUGGAGUUAGAAGUGGGGCUAAACAACAAUCCUUGCAAAUACAACUAUAAGGCCAAACAGUGACAUUAUCUAUUUGUAUAACAUACAAUUGUAAAUUAUACAUUUGUGAAUAUCUAUGUUUUUGAAUUUGUAAGCUUUUUUAUUUUAUUUUUUUGCAUUUUUUUCUUAACUGCCAGCUUUUGUAUAUUUUUUUGUAGAAAACUAAUUUUUAGUAUGAAACCUAUAUACUUUAUAUAAUACAAAUAAACAUGUCAUAAACUGCAAUCAUUUUACUAAAUGUCACCGGUGUUUUUAAGCUCAUUGUAUAUCAUUUAAGAUAUGCCUUUUUUUUUUAAGACCUACAUGUA